CACUGAUGUCUUUUUAGUAGGUGAAAUUGUUUUCCUUGUGCAAUGGACACUGUUCAGUCACUGAGGGAGGGCGUGCUGCAGGUGGAGAAGUUUGCGAACUUGGAGGAUGUGAGGUCUCGCGCUGAUCGACAUGGCUCCAAGCUAAAUGGAGUGAAGGAAAGCAUGAUGAGUUUGGUGCACUCCGUGCAAUCCGAGAUUAAAGAGAGAGUGGAUGCGCGGUUCCACAGUCUGGCAAGAAUUGUGAGCACAUUAAGGCAUUUUCACCGCACACUGUGCGGUUUAAGGGUUUGUUCGGGAGCAACCUGCAGCCAGGCGAAUAAGGCACUCAACGCAAUGUUUGAGUCACAGGUUCAGGCCAUUCAGGAUCGGCUCGAAUUUGUCUUCAUGAAAAAGCUUGACCGCUUAGAUCAUAGUGUUGCAGCGAUCAGCCAAAGAAUGUCGGUCGUUGAGCGUGACUUUGCCCUCACUCGAGAGAAGCACAUGCAGGACAUGCUGAGACGAAACCAGCACUUGGCACAGGACGCUGAGAAGUUCAUGUCAGCCCUAAGAAGCGAGAGAGCUGAUCGGCAGCAUCGCGCAGAUGGUUUUGCACGACAGCUUUCGGACUACGAGGCCAAAACCCGCACAUUGAUAUCAUCUCAAAUGCAGAUGAGAGAGCAACAGUACCAGAGUUUGCGAGAACAGCUUGAUGAGGUCAAGCGAAAAAGUGAUACAGGAGAUGAUGAACUACAGAGGGAUCUGGAGGAGAAGGUGGCUGACAUCAAAGCCAUGUUGGCAGUAGAGCAAAAGGCUCGAACGCAGGCCGAUGACGACAUCAUGCAGGCUCUGAAACACUACACCACGUGCAUUCAGGAGGCUCUUCGGACCAUCAACCAAAACUGACCGUGAGAAAGCCACAUUCAACGACUCAUCCGCGCGCUACACCGUGACAGACCAUCCAAGUCAAUGUACUUGCUUUACUUUUGCCAAAGGCGAACAUGUGAAUGUGAGGAUGAAGGUUCUGCUGAAACUGAGCGGAUACCACAUCUGGUGAUUUUGUCGACCACUCACAAUCUCACAAUUCUAGUUUGAUUGGCAAACCUUCUGAGAAAGCUUUGCAAAAGCGUGGAGGCAAUUGGACGG